UUUUCCAGUUGCCCUUGGACCUAACCUGGAGCCAAGUUAGAUCUGCAAACCAGGAGCCCCUGUGUUCCACUCUUGUCUGAUGCUUCUGAGACCCCCCAGAGAACCUCAACGGGAGUCAUCCAGGGGUCACACAGCCAGAAAUCCAACAAGCUCAGAGAGGGAGUGUGACAGCCCAGAAGCCACACAGGCAAAACUCAGGGCCUGUUAAAACAACACGCUGAACACCCAUCAACAAAACUGUCCUUUGUUGGAUUUCUUUGAGCUGCCUGUCGGGCGGGCUCAGGGCCAAGACUUGCAGCGGCGGCCAGCGCGCACCACGCUCACGCCAGGCGCCGGCCCUUCGCCCGGUCUCAGCGCAUUUAGCCGCAGCCCAGGAGUGGAGCUCAGCGCACUGCACAGCCAGGAUCCCAGGCCUGCGGCGGGCGCGGCGGGAGGCCGGAACGCAAGGAGUUAAGCGCGGGCGGCCGGGCCGGGCUGCGGGGAGGCGGCGGGCGCGGGAGCUCAGGCUGCAGACUGCUCCAGCAGGGCCGGGAGUGCGGGCGCCCGCGCAGCCCCAGCUCAUCUCCCGGCCUCAGCCUCGCUCAGCCCCAGCCCUGGCUCCGCGCUCCGGGCUUCCUGCUCCGCGCUGCGCCCUACCGGGCACGGAGAGCUCGGCGCAUCCUCAGGUGGUAGCCUGGUGGCUUGAAUCUUGACCAGAUGGAGUCCUUCCAGCACGCGUCCCCAGAAGGUGGCACACAGCUUGGUUACCCGUUGGAGAUAGAGAAGAGGCCAGCAUUUAAGCUCUCAGUGAACUAAUCAAGAUCAACAGCAACCCAAGAGGCUGAGAAGGGGUCAGAGUUAACAUCGCAGACGCGGGGCUCCCUCCCCCCAUCCAUGUCACCAGAGUUCCUUAGCCAAACUCUGGGUGAGGAACAAGAUGUAAAGAAUGGAGACCACAUCCUGUAAGUCCCCUCUCUUGGCCCCAGGCAGCGCACCUUGACUUUGGGAUUCCAGCAACCAUUGUCCGUGUCACCUCUGGACUCAGCCGGGCGCUGGCUUCCUUUCCUGCUACAUUAUCUCUGUGGAGGGAUCAGCGCACCAAGCCUUUGCGGUUUCAUUCCUGAGGAGUCCCCAGAAGCCACGCCCUCCGCGCCCCUUCCCAGCCAUCCACCCAGCCUGCCCCGAGCCAGUCCGUAAUGAUCCUGCUAUGGCCAAGCUCUGGUUCAAGUUCCAGCGGUGUUUCCGGUAUUUCCGCAGGAAGCCCGUGCGCUUCUUUACACUGCUGGCUAUCUACCUGACCGCCGGGAGCCUCGUCUUCCUGCACUCCGGCUUCGUGGGCCAGCCUUCGGUGCCCCAGAGCCAGGCCAGCCCCGCAGCGGGGAGCCCGGCAGAAGGAGCCGAGCUACCUUUCCUGAGUGACUUGCACCUGGGCAGAGGUUUCCGCGACACCGUGGAGGCCUCCAGCAUCGCACGGAGGUACGGACCCACAUUCAAGGGCAAGGAUACCAGUGAGAGAGCCAAAUUGGGCGACUACGGAGGAGCCUGGAGCCGAGCCCUCAAGGGGAGGGUUGUUCGGGAGAAGGAGAAGGAAAAGGAGGAGGAGAGAGCCAAGUACAUCGGCUGCUACCUGGACGACACCCAGAGCCGGGCCCUGCGAGGUGUGUCCUUUUUCGACUACAAAAAGAUGACAGUCUUCCGUUGCCAGGACAACUGUGCUGAACGGGGUUACCUGUACGCUGGGCUGGAGUUCGGCGCUGAGUGCUACUGUGGUCACAAGAUCCAAGCGGCCAACGUGAGUGAAGCGGACUGUGACAUGGAUUGCAAAGGAGAAAGGGGCAGCGUGUGUGGUGGCAUCAACCGCCUCUCCGUCUACCGGCUGCAGCUGGCCCAGGAGUCUGCCCGACGGUACGGUAGUGCCGUGUUCAGAGGCUGCUUCCGGCGACCCAACAACCUCUCCCUGGCCUUGCCUGUGACAGUCGCCAUGCCGAACAUGUCUGUGGACAAGUGUGUGGACCUCUGCACAGAGAAGGAGUUCCCCCUGGCAGCCCUCGCGGGCACCGCCUGCCACUGCGGCUUUCCCACCACACGGUUCCCUCUUCAUGACCGGGAGGAUGAGCAACUAUGCGCCCAGAAGUGCAGCGCGGAGGAGUUCGAGAGCUGUGGGACCCCCAGCUACUUCAUCGUGUACCAGACACAGGUCCAAGACAACCGCUGUAUGGACAGAAGGUUCCUCCCAGCCAAGUCGAAGAAGCUCAUCGCUCUAGCCAGCUUCCCGGGUGCCGGCAACACGUGGGCUCGCCACCUCAUCGAGCUGGCCACCGGCUUCUACACUGGCAGCUACUACUUCGAUGGCUCUCUGUACAACAAAGGGUUCAAAGGUGAACGCGACCACUGGCGAAGCGGGCGGACCAUCUGCAUCAAGACCCACGAGAGUGGCCAGAAGGAGAUCGAGGCCUUCGACUCGGCUAUCCUGCUCAUCCGCAACCCCUACAAGGCCCUCAUGGCAGAGUUCAACCGCAAAUACGGAGGCCACAUAGGCUUUGCCGCCCACGCCCACUGGAAAGGCAAAGAAUGGCCCGAGUUUGUGAGGAACUAUGCCCCGUGGUGGGCCACGCACACACUGGACUGGCUCAAGUUUGGCAAGACCGUACUGGUGGUGCACUUCGAGGAUCUGAAGCAGGACUUGUUUACGCAGCUGGGCCGCAUGGUCAGCCUGCUGGGCGUGGCGGUCAGGGAGGAUCGGCUGCUGUGCGUGGAGAGCCAGAAGGAUGGUAACUUCAAGCGCUCGGGGCUGCGCAAGCUGGAGUAUGACCCUUACACAGCCGAGAUGCGCAGGACCAUCGGCGCCUACAUCAGGAUGGUGGACACAGCGCUGCGCAGCCGCAACCUCACUGGGGUGCCUGAGGCCUAUGGCCCAAGAUGAUGGGCAGACAGGGAGGGACCCAGCACGCCGUGCCCCUUGGCUUCAAAGAGCUGGUUUCCCUCUGGCACAAAGACAGCCCCAGGCUUCUGCCUGCCUUCAGAAAGGCCCCUCGGAGGGCCUUGGGGGGAGAUGUCUAGACACCGUCCCUGGAGAGUAGGCUACCUGUUUUGGGGUGUCCCUGUCCCCCGGCCAUUGGUGGGAGAAGGGAGGUGAUAAUCUGGCAGAGGUUGGGAGGCUCUGGAUGUGGCAGCUGGACAGUUGUAAGCAGUGACCCUGCUCAGACUAUGUGG